CGGACGAUACGACCGAAAUUGACCCAAGGAAAGUUGUCCUCCAGCAGGCCCAGGCCAGGCCAGGCGCGGCUUCUUCGCCGGCCCAGAAACGCUCCUUCGCAACGGAAGUCGCCGGCCACCCGCCGCCUGACGGACAGCAGCCCGGGCCAAUGGGGUUUCCGGUAUGUAGAUCACAUGAUCAAGGGGGCGGGGACUAGUCUGCCGGCGGACCACGCGUGUUUGGUGUGGAGCAGCCCGGGGAUGGGGAAGGUCCGGCAAGCGAAGCCCGGUUCCUCGGGGCUCGGGGACCGCAGGCAGCGGCGAGACAGCAAACCAAAUAAGAGCAAUAUGAAGCCCAAAAAUAUUGACGAACAAGAAAUUCCAUUCAAACUCCGUGAGAUAAUGAGAAGUAAAGAGGAACUGAAGCGGAAGAGGAAAAAAAGGAAGCCAAAACCAGAAAAGCCAAAAAGUGUAUCUGAUUUAAGAGGCUCAGAUCCCUGUGGGGAUAUACGGGUUCCGAAGUUUAAGAGGAAGAAACGGGAGUCAGUGAAAAAUUAUCUUCAACGCAUGGAGCAGGAGGCAAAGCACGUAAUAUUCAUGAGUGAGAAUCAGCAGCCACGUUACCCUGAGAUGGAGGACAAGGAAAAAGAACAGGAAGGCCAUGUGAAAUCAAAGUCUGAGAGAAAGAAAGAAUCUGAUAAGAAAAGGUUGAGAAGACUUGUUGGUAAGAAAAUUGAACGAAAGUUGAUGAAACAGGAGAAAGAAAUGUUUACAGAUAUUGUGCCAUUUGGAGAAGUAGCCAUGCAACCGCCCACCCUCACUGCUAAACCCAGGAAGAGCCAGACUGCUGAUAAGCCCGGCGGAAGACAGUUGCUUCUGAAGUCUCUGAUUGGUGACAGCAAGUGUGGCUCAGAAAGGACAAAGGUGAUCUCCCCCAAUGUUGAGUUGCCCGGUAUGUCGAUGGCUCGCCAGAGGAUUAUGUUGGAGGAGCGGGAGAGGGUCAUCAAGGCCUAUAGAACUUUGAAGAAGCAGAAAUUACAAGCACUGGCCCACAAUUAGUUCAUUACGGAAAAGCAAAAGAUGGCAAAUCAGAGGAUUUUUCAGAGAGGCAUUGGUUCCCAACAGUGUUACUGUAUGGAAGAAGGCCUUUCAGGUGGUUGAGGUCUACCCACUCUUUACAAGAGCAAACCAGUGAAUAUUAUUCCUGAAUGGAUGCUGAGCUUUAACGAAUGGCAGCUAGAUGAAAAGUUCAGCAAGUAAUCAUUCCUCAAGAGCUUUUGAGCUAUAAGGGCGUCCAGUUUUUGGAUCUGUGGAUUUAUGCUUAUAAUUGUCAGUGUGUCUGACCACAUGAGAAAAAAAAGUACGUGGUUAGGAAAUUACAACCCACCUUAUUUUUGAGGAAUCCAUAAUGAUGAUUAAUGACUCAUUUAAUACGUUCUUAAAUUGGUUGCUGUUCCAUGACUUUUCAUCUCAUCUUAAUUUUGGAUUUAUACUGCACCCUUUUUUUAAAAAAAAAAUUUUAAGAUUGUUUAGAGGUAUCAAGUCAGUGUGUGGACCUGUGCAGAUGUGGAAAGCACUGAGAAAUAACAGUGAGUGUUGCAAAUUGUAUUUGGACAUAACAAAAUCCACUGCAGACUUCAAAAUGUGAUCCAAGCCAAAUAUUAGCAUAUCAGGCUUGGCCACCUGUGCUGUUAUUACUGUGAUUUGCAAGCACACUUAUCAGUGUGUUCUAUUGACUUUUAUGUAGCUGUCUGGAAGAGUUUUGCAGAUCACUCGUGUUUUGAAAAAGGGUUAUGAGCCUCUGUUCUCUUUGGUUAGGGGGGCAACUAUUUGUAAUAGUUUCUAAUGAAGGCACAUGAGUAGGGAUGCAAUUUCUCCUACAAAAAAAAUGAAUGUCUGGUAAUCAUUUAAAUUGAAUGAUUUGUGUUUUGAUAAACAGUAACACUCUUAAAAAUCUAAUUUUCCAUCAUGUGCAAGUGUGAUUUACAUUGCAGACUUUAAAAACAGGCUUCCAAUCUUGAAUACUUUAAAAGGCGAGCUCCCUUGACAAUAAACAUUGAAGGAGCUUGCUAGAAGUUUCCUGCAGAUUUCCUUAGAAGUACUUAACAUUUUGAAGUCAACUUUCAGAAUAUAUACAAGAGUGUGUUGGAAUUAAAUGUGCUAGCUUGUAUUACAAAUGGGGACAUUUGAUAAUUUUGGUACAUUGCCAGUGUUCUACAUAAAAAUAUACAACACAUAAACAGGCCCUUUGGCCCACCAUUCAUGUGCUGCCCAUGAGUCCAAUAUAACUACAGUCCACCCUCCUUAUCCGCAAGUUCCACAUGCACAAAUUCAACCAACCGCGAAUCGAGAAAACAUGGAAAUGCUCUUCCAGCACUUGUUGUUCGAGCAUGUACAGACUUUUUUCUUGUCAUUAUUCCAUAAACAAUGCAGUAUAACAACUAUUUACAUUGUAUUAGGUAUUAUAAGUAACGUAGAGAUGAUUUAAAGUAUACAGGAGGAUGUGCGUAGGUUAUCGUGGAUCAGCAUCGAAAAAAAUCAGAAGUUCUCUUACUAAGUAAGUCAGAGCAGCUACAUCUGGUAUUAGUGUCAGUAAGUCAAACAUUUGUCUUAGAAAAUAGUAUAUAUUUUACCUUUCUAUGCAUAUAAAACACUUAAGAAACAUAUGUAUUUCAAUAAUUAAAACUGCGUUGCUUAGUAAUAAUUGUAGCUUUCAUCGGGGCAGAGCCUUUCUCCUUUAAAAUUGUUCCGAUUGUUGACCGACUGUAGCCUAACGCUUUUCCAAUGACUGAUGGCGUUUCAGCUCUUUCCGAUCGCUUUAUUAUUUCCACUUUAUUUUCAAUUGUGAUUGUGAUUAUUUUUGUGAACAGAAACACUGUGGAUUCAGAGCUCUGCCGGGUCCUAAAGACCACCGCUCUGAGACAGUUUAACUAAGGUCAGGGGUUCCGCUGGGUCCUAAAUUCCACCGCACUGAAACAUGUUAAAUAAGGGACUUGAGCAUCAGGGCCAACUGUAAUUCUAAGUGCCUGUACAUAGCCUCUUUUCCCUGCCUGUUCAUGUGUCUGCAUAAAUGCCACAUUGGAGCAACAUUUCAGCUUGGUUUGUACAUCAAACUGUAUGUGACGGAGUGGAAAAAAUGAAGACGGGAGUUGAUAAACCUUGGAUAGAAUGAGUAAAGAGAAACUAAUGGCUAAAGAUUCGCUAUGUAAUUGAUAGCAUCAUCUUCAUCAUCAUGUGCUGUGUUGUAUGAUAUAGGUGAUCAUGGUCUAAUGACCAUGAUUGUUCUUGGCAAAUUUUUCUACAGAAGUAGUUUGCUGUUGCUGCCUUCUGGGCAGUGUCUUUACAAGACAGGUCACCCCAGUCAUUAUCAAUACUCUUCAGAGAUUGAAUGCGUGGCAUCAGUGGUCGCAUAACCAGGGCUGUUAUGAUUUGCACCAGCUGCUCAUAUGACCAUCCACCACCUACUCCAAUGGCUUCAUGUGAUUCUGAUCGGGGGGGGGUGGGGGGGGCGGCUAAGUAGGUGCCACACUUGCCCAAGGGUGACCUGCAGGCUAGUGAGGGAAGGAGUGCCUUAUGCCUCCUUUGGUAGAGAAGUAUUUCCACCCUACCACCCAAAGUUGAUAGGACAUUGGUUAAAUUACUGAACUGGUAAAUCAGAGGUCUGGGCAAGUGUUACAGAAUCCUGAGCACAUAAUAUCAUCAGUCUUGGGAAUAAAGGGUUAAUGUAUGAGAAAUGUUUGAUGGCUCCAGGCCUGUACUCACCGGAGUUUAGUAGAAUGAGGGGGGAUCUGUUUGAAACUUAAUGGAUAUUGAAAGGUUUAGAUGGAGUGGACAUAGAGGGGAUGUUUCCUAUUGUGGGGGAGUAUAAGACCAGAGGACACAGCUUCAGAAUAGAAGGAUGUCCCUUUAGAACAAAGAUGAGGGAUUUCUUUAGCCAGAGGAUGGUGAAUCUGUGGAAUUCUUUGCUACAGAUGGCUGGGGAGUCCAAGUGAGGUUGGUAGGUUAUUGAUUAGUAAGAACAUCAAAGGUUAUGGAGAGAAGGCAGGAGAAUAGGGUUGAGAGGGACAUUAAAUGAGACAUGAAAUGGCAGAGAUGGGCCAAAUGGAAUUUAAAUUUUAUUUAAGAAAGAUCAGCUGGAUUUACUAUUUCUAAGCAAGAAAGUGCAGGAUUGUUGUAAAAUAAAAUGUCUGGUUGUAUAAUGUCCUUCAAGAGAAGAACUUCACAAUUUUUGUCUGGUCUAGCCAAUAUGUGACUUCAGACCCACAGCAUUGUGAUUGACUCUGUGCCCACUGAAGUGGUCUGACCAACUGUUCUUCGUGGGGAAAUGGAGACGAGCAAUAAAAAUGCUGAUUAUGCUAAUGUUGGCCUUGUCUCAGUAAAUAAAGUCCUCCCAGUGCUUCACAGUUUAGCUUCAUCUACUUUUGUUUACACUGCCUGUCUAGCUAAUUUGUGUUUGUAAUGAAAAUUGCAGUUUAUCUUUAACAGUGGACUGUCACUUUAAGAAGCCAUGCAUACAGAGAAAAUUCAAUGCGUGAUUUGAUGUGCCAUUCCUGGAUUUGUACUGGAGCUUCCAUAUAUAAUGUGUGCUUGGAACAGUUGUAGACAUUUGCUGGAGAAGGGUCUCGGCCUAAAACAUCGACUGUUUAUCCUUUCCAUAGAUGCUGCCUGACCUGCUGAUUUCCUCCAGUAUUUUGUGUGUGUUACUCUGGAUUUCAAGCAUUUGCAGAAUAUUUUCUGUUUAUAAAUCACACAACAGUUGUAUUUCUAACAAAUGUAGCAAAAAUUUAUACAGCUCCAACCUCUACAUUUAAUUCCCGGUCUUCAGAUAGCAGCUCAUCUUGAAGUAAUGCCAUUGAGCUGAGUGUCUCUGAGCUUGGGGGGGGGGGGGGAGGAAAAUUGAUGCAUUUGUUCUCUCAAGUAAACAUUACAGGAAAGUUCAUUUGAUAAUUGGCGUUGCUGUCACUGCAUCCUUGGUUGAAUAACUAUCCGUGGGUAACACUAGGAUUGUAUUUUCCCACAGUGGAAGAUCACUGGUUGAUACUGCAAAUACCCUGUGGGGCAUAUUUUUACUUGAAGGCAAACUGGUCUACCAGAUGGUGACAGGACUUGUGCCCAGUGGGUGGGAGUGAGAGCCUGCUUUCCGCAGCUUGGGUUGGCUGGUGUUAAAGUGGCAUUGGUAGAGACUUGUUGGCAGGCAGCUUGUCCACACACUCUGCUGAAGGGCAAGUUUAAAUCCAUAUACGUCAUCUUUAAAACAAGUCUUUAAAAGUGUAAAAGUUUUGACAGAUAGGAGCCUGAGGCAAUAUGCAAUGUUUAUUAUUGGAACCAAGCCUUCCUCUGUCUUCAUUUUACAUCUACAUCAUUGGGGUGACUUGGAGGAAGUCCAGCCAAUCUUGCUGGGGUGCCUUUUUCCCCCCUUUAACAAAGUGCACUGCGAUGAGUAAAGGGAGAUCCAUGCCAGUCUGUGGACAAGGAUGGAUAAAUACUCGAAUGUGAACAAAUGUUUACCUUGGAAAUAAUGAACUUUUAACACUAAAAAAAAAUCUGGCAAGCUUAGUAUGAAGAUCCAGGGUUCUGUUAUCUUGGAAACGGCUGUGUUUGUUUCUCCUCAAGAGUUGCCAUAGAAGUGCCACCUGUGCAAUGUCAAAUGGCAACCAAGUUUUCUAAUUCGACUGCAAAUCCUUCUGAUGUUCCAGGGAGUGCCAUCUGCUUGAACUGUGAAAUAAUGCAGGCUUUGGUUAAUGUUUAAGGAGAGAUUGUGGGCUUGAGAUUUGUGGCAAGUCUGUGUACACUCAUUAAAGAAGAAAUGCUGGAACUUAAUACAUUCUUAAAACUUUUUUUUCUAAGUAAGGUAUAUGAAUUUAAAGCUCAAGAGAUUCUGUAUAAUACUGGAGGAACUCAGCAGGUCAGGCUCAGUAGAUGUUUUGGGCUGAGGCCCUUCAUCAAGAUUGGAAUGGACUGGAGUCCUGAUGAAGAAUCUUACCCCGAAAUACCUACUGUUUAUUCCUUUCCAUAGAUGCUGCCUGAACUGCUAAGCUCCUCCAUCCAGCAUUUUGUAUGUGUAUAUGGAUUUAACAUUGCCCUUUUAAAAUUCUCUGCAUAAAGUUUAACAUAG